UAAUGGCCAGUGCAGCAAAACAAUUUUACCACCAUGUUCUUCCAGUUCUACAUCUACCCAAAUUUCUUCCGUAGACUCUCUUCUUCUUUCAAUGUCCGUUAAUUGGUUCUUUUUAGCCUCGUUUUCUUCUUCACUCACAUCUAUCAUAAGGUGUUCUUUGAUCCUUCUAGUGUUACUUCGCUAUAAUCCUUACUUGCCUGCUGCUUGUCGGGGGUUCAGUCAAAGCUCCGGCAAUCACGAGCUUCUGGUGGUUUUAGGAGUUGAAGGGAGCUAGAUUUCUCUUGUUUUGUGAUGAUAAAUUUCAGAUUUGAUAACUACAGUAGAUUCUUUAUGGGUUAGUCUCUGGCCUCUUUUGGUGUUCUGCCUCUUGGUUGGUAGCUGACAGGAUAACAUCAAUUUCUGUUUAGAAUUAGAAACUCAGAAUCUGGGCGAUUCUUUGAUUCUUUAAGGUGGUAAUUUGAGUUUCUUGUCUGCCUCAAUUUUCUGUAUUCCCUUUGCAUUCUCAAUUUGAGUCUAUUCCGGUGGAUAAGACAGCAUCUUUUUAAAGCACAUAUUUGUUCCCCUGAAACCCACUUGCUUUCUGGUAUUGUGAGGUGCUUAGCGUUGUUCUUCCCAUUUUCCUGUUUCGAUAUCCACCUCUCACAGUCACUGGUCGAGAAUUCUGUUUGCUAGCUUUAAACGGGGGAGAUUCUCUGGAUUUGACACUGGUUCUCCCGCUAGAUCAACUGGAAUUGGCUCGAAGCCGUAUCCAGUACCUCCUGGAACUGUUUCUAGUUAACUUGUGUUGGUUACUGUUGUGGAUGAGUUUGCUCUAUGUAGUUGGAUUUGGCCUAAAGUUGGGGCAUCUUCUUUUGGCGUUGUGUUGCUGGAUUGUAUCAGUCAUAUACAUGAACUGGUUCAACAACGGAGGAAUUAUGGAAACCAAGGUUGGUUUUCUCGGCGGUGGCGGCAAGAUGUGGCUCAAGUGGUGGGAAAAGAUCUCAGGCGAUAGUUGUAAAAUUCAUCAACACUACUACCAGUGUAUUGGGUCCAAGAAAGUUCGGAGAACUCUGUGGAGAAAGCUUUUGCUGACAUGGGUACUGGGCUGGACCAUGGUAUCCUUGUGGAUCUUUUGCUUCAUGACCUUUCAAGCUACUGAGAAGAGGAAAGAGACUCUGGCGAGUAUGUGUGAUGAGAGGGCUAGGAUGCUUCAGGAUCAGUUUAAUGUUAGUAUGAACCAUAUCCAAGCCAUGUCAAUUCUCAUCUCAACCUUUCACCAUGCCAAGUCCCCUUCUGCCAUCGAUCAGAGAACAUUUGCUAGGUACACAGAACGAACUGCUUUUGAGAGGCCCCUUACUAGUGGUGUUGCUUAUGCUGUGAGAGUGCUUCAUUCUGAAAGGGAACAUUUCGAGAAGCAACAAGGUUGGACCAUUAAGAGGAUGGAUACCCUUGAGCAGAACCCCAUUCAUGAGGAUGACUAUGCCCCUGAGGCAUUGGAACCUUCCCCUGUUCGAGAAGAAUACGCUCCUGUCAUUUUUGCACAGGAAACAAUUUCCCAUGUCAUUUCUGUCGAUGUGCUUUCUGGAAAGGAAGAUCGUGAAAAUGUUUUGCGUGCUAGAGCAUUAGGGAAGGGGGUUUUAACUGCUCCUUUUAGGCUGCUCAAAACAAAUCAUCUAGGAGUUAUCCUGACAUUCGCUGUAUACAACACAGAUCUUCCAUCAAAUGCAACCCCAAAUGAAAGGAUUCAAGCAACAAAUGGGUAUCUUGGUGGCGUCUUUGAUAUUGAGUCAUUGGUUGAAAAGUUACUUCAGCAACUUGCUAGCAAGCAAACUGUGAUUGUUAAUGUGUAUGAUACUACUAAUCAUACCCACCCUAUUUCCAUGUAUGGUUCAAAUGUGUCAGAUGAUGGAUUCUAUCAUGUCAGCUCCUUGAACUUUGGAGAUCCUUUCCGGAAGCAUGAGAUGCACUGCAGGUUCAAACAGAAACCUCCAUGGCCAUGGUUGGCAAUUGCUACAUCAAUUGGCAUCCUUGUUAUUGCACUCCUUGUAGGGCAUAUUUUUCACGCUACUGUGAAUCGAAUUGCUAAAGUGGAGGACGAUUACCAUGAGAUGAUGGAACUUAAAAAACGAGCUGAGGCAGCUGAUGUUGCAAAAUCACAGUUUCUGGCCACUGUUUCUCAUGAGAUCAGGACACCAAUGAAUGGUGUUCUUGGAAUGUUGCAUAUGCUUAUGGACACAGAUCUAGAUGUAACACAGAAAGAAUAUGUCAGAAUAGCACAGGGUAGUGGGAAAGCUCUAGUGUCACUUAUAAAUGAGGUUUUGGACCAGGCAAAGAUUGAAUCUGGUAAGCUUGAGCUUGAGGCAGUGCUAUUUGACAUACGAGCAGUCUUGGAUGAUGUGUUGUCACUAUUCUCUGAGAAAUCUCAAGAAAAAGGAGUAGAGUUGGCAGUGUAUAUCUCAGAUAAGGUUCCUGAACAGCUAGUUGGUGAUCCAGGAAGGUUUCGGCAAAUAAUUACAAAUCUUAUGGGCAACUCAAUUAAGUUCACAGACAAAGGGCACAUAUUUGUCACUGUCCAUCUUAUUGAGGAAGUUGUCAAUUCAAUUGAAGUUGCAACAUCAGAGAAUACCUUGAGCGGAUUUCCUGUUGCUGAUAGAUGUCAAAGUUGGAAAGGAUUCAGUUCCGUCAGUCAAGAGGGACAUCAGGAUUCUUUCUUAUCCUCCUCCUCUGAUCGCAUUACUCUUAUUGUUUCCGUUGAAGAUACGGGUGAAGGAAUUCCUCUAGAAGCCCAAUCUCGCAUCUUCACUCCAUUCAUGCAGGUUGGUCCAUCUGUCUCCAGGAAAUAUGGAGGAACAGGUAUUGGGCUAAGCAUUAGCCAGUGCUUGGUUGGCCUCAUGCACGGGGAAAUUGGAUUUGUGAGCAUGCCAAAGAUCGGAUCUACCUUCACAUUUACAGCUGUCUUCACCAAUGAAUCCCCUAGUUCAACUGAGGGUAAACCUCAGCAAAUUAACAACCAACCUAACCUUGCAUCCUCAGAAUUUCAGGGCAUGACUGCUCUUGUUAUAGACCCUAGACCUGUUAGAGCUAAUGUGUUGAGAUAUCACAUUAAACGGCUUGGCAUUCGUGUUGAAAUAGCUCCAGAUUUAAAUCAAGGUUUGUCUGUCAUAAGCAAUGGGGAUAUAGUUAUCAAUAUGAUCCUUGUUGAACACGAAGUCUGGGAUAGAGAUUCUGGUAUCUCAUCUCAGUUUAUGAAUAACAUGAAGAAAAAUGAUUGUGGGGUGCCUCCAAAGCUGUUUGUUCUUGUUAAUUCUAGUAGCUUUUCCAAAACAAGUUCCAUAACAUUAGGUGUUCAUAAUCCAACUGUCAUUGUAAAACCUCUGAGAGCAAGCAUGCUUGCUGCUAUGCUACAGCGAGCCAUGGGUGUUGGAAACAAGGGGAAUCCUCGAAAUGGGGAGCUUCCAAGUUUGUCUCUCCGCCAUCUUUUGCGUGGGAGAAAAAUCCUUAUUGUAGAUGACAAUAGUGUGAACCGAACAGUAGCAGCUGGAGCUUUAAAGAGGUAUGGAGCUGAUGUGGUCUGUGUUAACAGUGGAAAAGAAGCCAUCUCUAUGCUGAAGCCACCCCAUCAAUUUGAUGCCUGUUUUAUGGAUAUUCAAAUGCCAGAAAUGGAUGGGUUUGAAGCUACCAAGAGGAUUCGGGAGGUGGAACAAGAAACCAUGGAUAAUACUUCAAACUGGCAUAUACCCAUUUUGGCUAUGACUGCUGACGUGAUUCAGGCAACGCAUGAGGAAUGCCUAAGGUGUGAAAUGGAUGGAUAUGUUUCGAAACCAUUUGAAGCUGAACAGCUUUAUCGGGAAGUUUCACGGUUUUUCCAAUCAACUUCAUGAGAGUAUGCAGUUCAGAUCUUUAUCAGAGGAUCCACAGGGGAGGCAUUGCUUUCUGUUCUCCAGGACACUCACAAGCCUGUAAAUAGGUUCACAGGUCUCCUCACAGUAAGUUCUCCAUUUACCCAAUGAUGACCAAUGAAAACUAUAGUUCUCUGCUCUGAAAGUUUGAUGGUUUUCUUCCACAAGAGACUGAAGAAAGUAAACUAACAGACAGAAGGUGAAGAAAUUUAUUGUGUGGGAGUCAAAAGGGUGACAAUCUUGGACCGCAGAAUGGACAAUCCUGCUUUUUUAUCAUCUGUUCCAUAGUCUUUUGGAUAUGCAUGGAGAUUCAUGGUUUAAGUUUGCUUUUUCUUCAUGGCAGGGAGUGUACAUAGGAGCCAAAGUUUGAUUGCUUGAAAUUGAGUUUGAAUUGGUGGUUGUGGUAUGGAAACCUGUUGGUUCUCCCUUAUGCUGCCAUUGAGCAUGUGGUCCGGGGAGAAUCGAGGAAUCGGGUCAGGUGUAAACUAUGAGAGAAUCCACGUUCUGAGGGGUCACAUCUUGGGCGUGUGAUAAUAAAAAUGACAGUUCUUUUUGGGGAAGGGGGGGAGUAACUGCCCUCAGAGUUCUGAUGUAGAAGUAUUUAUCAGUAGCGAUCAAUUAGCUUCUGAUCAGCAAAGAAGUGGAAGUGCAGCAAUGCAUAUGGCUUGAAAUAAGAUUCUUGAUCAUGACUCUAUUCAGUUGCUCCUAACACAGCCGGAGUUUCCAUCCCUCUUUGUAUAUUAGUUAAGGGACCAUUUUUUGGGGUCAAAUUUGUAAAUUCUCAGUUCCAAAGUCCCUUUGAAUUUGUUUCUCUUGCCUUUUGACUAACAGUACCAUAUUGCCUGAUGAGCGACAAGCUUAGGGAGAUGCCGUACAGACAGCCAUCAUCAUUAUUAUGUAUAUUUCAUUUUUCACUUGCCACUAGCAACGUUGUGUUGCAAACACUCAAGUUGAAUGAAAGCCCGUUUAAUUUA